UAUGUUAGUAUGUAUGCUAGGGCGAGGGCGAGGGGAGAGUGUUGCAAGCGUAGCAAAGCGUGACCCUGUAAGGACAAUAGGCGCGUAUAUGCAAGAUGUCCAGGGGACACGGUACGCGUCCACCUACUGAUACUGGGGAGUUACACAGUGUGCCAGCCCGCUAUCUGCUCUGUCAUGGUGUGAGGCUAUAUACAUGUACAUGUAGCAGCCACUGCGGUUCCUCUGUUGCAGUGUUGGGGGGAGCUCGCAAAAUCAGGACAGCCCCGAGGAGACGACAGCAGUCUGUACGUGAACAAGUACAGGAUCCAACCUUUCCAGCACUCACAUGUACUCCUCUGUCUUGUGGUGGCGUCGUGCUCAAAGAACUCCAGUCGUACUCCUGACCUGACAAGCAUGAGAUAACGUUGUGGAGCUGGUGUGUGGACGCUGCGGGACUCUCAUUAGUCUGCAAUGAAUCCGUCCAGCAUGAGACCGUCCACACCAGUUGUGUCGAGUAAGAAGAGAGGCAGAGCGAUGCGUGAACUGCCAAGGAGCGGAUCACAGAGCGCCCUGCAGAAGGUGACGACGGACUCCGACUCCUCUCCACCGACCACCGUCGAGAAGAAGGGCAGGCGCGGGACGCGACGGGUGGCCACGCCGCCAACACCAACCCUGGGCCCAACACCUGUGGACGUGCGCAUAGCAAUGCUGGGCAGAGGUGGCGUGGGGAAAUCAGCACUGACUGUAAGGUUUAUAUGCCAUCGAUUCCUGAGCGAGUAUGACCCGACGCUGGAGGACACGUACACGAAGGAGACCAAGGUCAGCGGCGAUCCUGUGCGACUACACAUUCUGGAUACUGCUGGCGAGAGAGAGACUGAUCUACUUUAUAGGCGCAGACAGCUGGAAGGCAUAACUGCAUUCAUGAUCGUCUUCUCCAUUGCCGACCGACAUACAUUUCGAUCAGCCAGGGACAUGAUCAGCGUCAUGGCAGCCAGUCGCAGCGACCGGUUCGAUCUGGGUCUGAGUACCGAACGGCCCGCUGUGAUGCUGGUUGGGAAUAAAUGUGAUAUGAAAUCACAGAGACAGGUGUCCUACGCUGAAGCAUCCGCUCUGGCAACGGCACUGAACUUCCAAUAUAUGGAAACGUCGGCUGCGGAUGAUGGGCAUAGUGUUCGCCAAGCCUUUCAUGGCCUCGUCAAACAGGCCCAGGCGAAUAUGGCCGCCGAGGCUGCGGCAAAGGCCAAACGCCGCGAGCAGCUGCCAACACCAGUCCGACAGCCACGCAAAUCCUCGUCACUUUUCGACCUCCACCUGGUGGCGUUCAGGGACAAAAUAUCGCGUGUCAUCCACGUGAACGUGUGACAAAAUCGGAGUCAUGGAGAAACCGACCUCUGUCCAAUGCCUGGUGAAAGGCCUCGGUCGUCAGGGAAACAGGUUACGGAAGGGUGAAUUAUAGUGAUCCAAUCAUGGCCAGCAUAGUAUUCCCUGGGCCGUUGAAUCCGUCAACACGGUACUCUGGCUUCAUGUCCUUGGUAAGUAACGGUAAGUAACGCUAUCAUAUUUGAUUCUAAGCCAUAUAAUUAUCAUAAAUUGAAUUUGAAUUACAGUUCAUGAUAACAUUGACUGUCAGGUAAUGUUCAUUACGUGUUGGUUCAUAAUAAGUAACUGGCCAAUAGCAACCGUUAUAAACUAAACUCAGACAGCAGACAAUAUAGCUGGUCUAUAUCUGUCAGCCUUGCAUAAUACAGUUGCAAAAUCUCAAACUUAUGAGUGAGGAUUCUCAUCGCUCUUGUGCCAUUCACGCACACAAUUUCUACAAUGAAUUCUACAAUAACUCCAUUAUCAUUUCUACAGCAUAAGAUUGAAGCAAUACGCUUGAUCAACUGGUCAUUUCUAAAUUUGAAGAAUACACUAAAAUCAAUCUUGAAGCAUGUUAUUCAGUUUGUGGCCUGUAUACUUUCAGUACUAUUUUUAUAAAGCUGUAUUCCUUGAGUUAUUAAUCAUUUGUAAAAUCCAAGCGAUAUACUUAUACUGUCACUUGCUA